AUGCUUGAUUUAGACCAUAUAAUAGAAGAUGUACGCAACUGCAAACUUAUUCCCGAAUAUCAGAUCGAGGAACUUUGUCGUCUGGCUCAGGAAUUACUCCUCCAAGAGUCGAAUAUACAGCUUAUUGACACUCCCGUCACUAUAUGUGGAGAUAUUCACGGCCAGUUGCAUGACUUGAUUACUCUCUUCAAAAUAGCCAAGGAACCACCACAGACAAAAUACCUUUUUUUGGGAGACUUUGUGGAUCGAGGCUUCUAUUCAUUGGAGACUUUCCUCCUGCUACUGUGCUACAAGUUACGAUAUUCGGACCGAGUAUACUUGAUAAGAGGGAAUCAUGAGUCGCGUCAGAUCACGUCGGUGUACGGAUUUUACGACGAGUGCAUGAGGAAGUACGGGUCGGCCAACGUUUGGAGAUACUGUUGCGAGGUAUUUGAUUACUUAGCUUUAGGAGCAUGCAUAGUAAGCCCCUUGGGUGGAGAGGACGCAGUGUUUUGCGUCCAUGGAGGACUCUCUCCAGCAGUGGCGUCGAUCGACGCAAUUAGACUUAUAGACAGAAAGCAAGAGGUCCCCCACGAAGGUUCGAUGUGUGAUCUACUCUGGUCAGAUCCGGAAGAGAAUAUCCCUGCAUGGGCCGUUUCACCCAGAGGUGCGGGCUAUUUGUUUGGGUACACGGAGACGGAGAAGUUUUUGUACAAGAAUCGAAUAAGCUUGAUAGCACGUGCACACCAGUUAGUGAUGGAGGGUUACAAAGAGCUGUUUGAUGGCGGAUUGGUAACAGUCUGGUCGGCUCCUAACUACUGCUAUCGAUGCGGCAAUGUGGCUGCCGUUCUUUCUUUGGAUGACCAGCUGAAUAGAACCUAUACUACCUUCGAUUCGGUCAUUCAAGGAGGCACAGAAGUCCCCUCCAAGAAGCCUGUCGCGGACUAUUUUUUGUAA